CCUAAAUCGACAAAGAGCUACGUCCAACAGCUUAUCGACGUGCUCCUUCCUGUAGGGUACCCGCAUAGUGUUACGGACGAUUAUAUCGAGUAUGUAUUGCACGCACUAGAUUCGCUUCAAGCUUUCUCAUCUUCUAUUGCUGGACUUUUGUCGUCCAGGGCUGUCCUAGAGGGCGUCGGCGUCGGCGAUGCAACCGCCUCCCCGACAGCUGCGCUCCUACUGAAUGUCUUGCAGGAGUCCAUGGGCCGCAUCGCGACGAUACUCUUCGCGCACCGACUCGGCACCUCGCUGGAGCCCGAAUGCAAGAUGUGGCGCCUCGCCGCCGACGUCUUCAACGACAUCUCUAUCGUGCUGGACUGCCUGUCCCCGGCCUUCCCCAAGAACAUCAGGGUCGGCGUGCUGGGACUGUCCAGCGUGCUGAGGAGCCUUUGUGGGGUGUGUGCUGGGAGCUCCAAGGCGAGCUUAAGUGCGCAUUUUGCGAAGAGGGGGAACCUUGGGGAACUUAAUGCUAAAGAUUCGAGCCAAGAAACUGUCAUAUCGCUUCUGGGAAUGCUAGCUGGCAGCGUUGUAGUGUCAUGGGUGUCAUCGCCGAUGGCGACGUGGACCACGCUCAUCGCGCUGCUCUCCAUCCACUUGGCGACCAACUACAAGGCCGUCCGCGCCGUCAGCAUGCGAUCGCUCAACCGGCAGCGAGCCAACAUUGUGCUAUCGCACAUUGUGGAGCAUGGCCGCGUGCUGCGGCCGAGCGAAGUGUCCCCGCGCGAGCGUGUCUUUGAGCGCGACGGAGUCCUACGUUGGGCGGCCGCCGCUGACAACGGUCGGAUCCUGGGUCACGCAUGCAUAGGCGUCACGCUGAAUGCUCUGUUGGGCCGGAUGGACGGCCAGCGGCAGCAACGGGAUGGCCGUCGGACUGGUGCCAGAGAGAUGAAGAUGCGCGGCAUGAAAUUGUCCGAUGUGUUGCGCAUCUACGAUGACGAUGCUUAUGUACUCUGGUUCGAGCAAUCCGAAGCUGUCAUCGUUCUAAAGCAUGGGUGCACUCCGAUUGAUCAGCUGAGGGCAUGGACGCAGGCUCUGUUGUUGGCUAGGCGCGCAAGGAAGAGAGGUGAUGCGUUGCGGCGUAAGCAAAGUGGGGAUGGCGAUGUUGAUGACGGUCUCGUGUCAUCGGACGGACAACAGGAACAACUCACUGAGUUGAGGGCAACUUUGGAGGAAACACGGACAUUGUUUGAAACGUAUGCUGAAGAACUGAACAAUGCAGGGUGGGACUUAGAGAUUGCUGCAUUGGAAACCAGGGCUGGGACGCGGACUACGAUUAAUUUGAAGAAUGGUUCAUAA